AUGAAUUCUGCUUUUUUGAAAUAAAUAGAAGAAGAGAAUAGGAUUCUAGAAUAGGAAUUAUAAUAAUUAUUAAGGUAGGAGGCAGUAAGAUUUUCAUUUAACCAAAUACGACCAAAAGAAGAAAAUGAGAAUGAUAACGAUAAUGAAAAUGUAAAUCCAAAUUUUAGAAAUGAAAAAGGAAUUUUGAGUAAAAUUGAUGAAGAAACUGAAGAGGAAUAACCUAAUCGAAUUGAACCUCAUCGAUUAUUGGAAUCUCCAUAUAAGCCAGGUCCUUAUAAAUUUGAAAAUAAUUAGGAAUCUAUUAUUGAUAAUUUAUAAGAUUCCAUUAAUAAUUAUAUGGAUAAAAGAAGUAGCAGUAUAGCUGACAUUUAGAGUAAUAGGAAUUCACAAAAAAAUAUUGAAAAUACUACAAAAUAAAUAAAAUCAUUAGAAAUGCGAUUAUCUGGUACUAGAGAAGCAUUAAAAUCUAUGGAGAAGGAAAUCAAAGAAAAAAAUGUAAUAAUUUAAAAUCUUUAAAUUGAUCUGGCUAAGAAAUAAAAGCAAAUUGAAUUAUUAUAAAAACAAUAGAAUUUUACAUCUACACCAUCAAAAAGUGAAUUAAAUAAUGAGAGCUUUUAAGAAAUAAAAAAAUAAUGUAAGGAAUGGGAAAAGAAAUAUUAAGAAUGUGAGAAUUGCUUAAAGGAAAAUAAAAAGUAUACAUAAAGACUUUAAGAAUUAAAUUAACAACUAUUAUAUAAAUUAAAAUAAUAUGAAUCUGAAAAAGAAUUGUAAACAACAGAAUUAGAUUAGUAAAAGAAUAUAAAUAGUUAAAUAUACUAGACAAAUACAAACAUAUUGAACAAGUAUAAAUUAAAUUUAGUACUUUAGAUAUGAGUAGAUAAUAAAAUCUUAAUAGGAAUAAAUUUAAUAGGAGAAUGAGAAUUAUAGACUUUUGGAGAGAAAAUAUGAUGAAUUAAAAGUAAAUAGUGAAUAAUUUUUAUUAAAUUCUCGAGAUCUUAAAUCUUAAUAUGAACAUAUGUUAAACACUUUAUAGUCAAUUGCAAAUAGUUAUUGA